UGGCUUUGGCACCGGCGCUUCCUUAACCCGGGCGCUACUGCUAUCGCGGGGUUGUGCUUCCCUCGUUCGUGGCCGGGAUCGAGCUCGUGGUUGCAGCGUACCAAGAUGGUGGUUCUCUCUAAGGAAUACGGCUAUGUGGUUCUCACUGGUGCUGCCAGUUUUGUCUUGAUAACACACCUUGCCAUAAAUGUGGGGAAAGCACGCAAGAAAUACCAUGUGGAGUACCCAAACAUGUACAGUACAGACCCUGAACAUGGCCAGAUCUUUAACUGUAUCCAGAGAGCACAUCAGAACACGCUGGAAGUGUACCCCUCCUUCCUGUUCUUUCUUGGCAUAGGUGGGAUCUACCACCCACGUGUCACUACGGGACUGGGUGUAGCAUGGAUCAUUGGGAGACUGCUUUAUGCCUAUGGUUAUUAUACAGGGGAUCCCAAGAAGCGAAACCGAGGAGUCCUUGGUUCACUUUCUCUCCUUGGUUUGGCAGGGACCACUGCUUACUCAGCUUUUCAGCACCUUGGUUGGGUCUGCAGUGAUUAAACAGCUUCCCUUCUGUGGCUCUCUGAGAAGUCUUUAUUUUUUUCAAUACUGCAAUUUUUAUCUUUACUUUUAAAAAUAAAAUGAAUCAUUGCUUAUCUCCC